AUGAGUUCCCCUCCCAGCAGGGCACAGUCACCAGCACCCGAGGCAAAGUCGCCAAAUGGAAAGGAGAAGUCGCCCACACCCGGUCCCGCGUCCCCGACGGGAAACAAGUCGCCCACGCCUGCUCCCGCCAUGUCACCCACGCCUGCUCCCGCCUCUCCAGUGGCCGAUGAACCUUUGGAGCCUGGUGGCCUUUUGCCCGGUGCUCACUGGGGCCAGCAGGAGCUGCAUGAUGAUCUUGACUCGACUCUGGGAAGUGACGCCGAAAGUUCGACCGCCUCCAUCACUUCCAGCAUUUUGCAGUACCGUAACUUCCUGGGGCGAACCUACCACAGCGAUUCGGUGACUGACGGAGAGUAUUGGGGCCCCAAUGAUGCCAAGGCAAAUGAAACUUUGGAUAUCAUCCACGAGGUUGUGGUAAAAAUGUUCGAUGGGAAACUGUACACGGCCCCGCUCAGGAAAGAUAUACAGACAGCCAUAGACAUUGGUACUGGCACUGGAGUCUGGGCCAUAGACUUCGCGGACGAACAUCCUGAUUGCACAGUUAUUGGCACCGACAUCUCCCCGAUUCAACCUAGCUGGGUACCUCCAAACUGCAAGUUCGAGAUUAAUGACGCACACAAGGAGUGGACCUAUGAAGAAAAUUACUUUGACUUCAUUCACAUUCGCUGGCUUACUGGUACCAUUAAGAAUUGGCAUGCCCUGUAUAAGGAGGCGUACCGAUGUGCGAAGCCCGGCGGUUGGAUUGAACAUCUUGACGCCGAUUCGACGUGGUAUUCUCUUGAUGGAACGAUGCCUGAAACGUGUGCUGUGGCCCAAUGGGGUCAAAUUUGGAAAAAGCUUGGGGGUUUUUUGGGAACUGAGUUCGACAUAGCUUCUUCAAACCUCAUGGUAGACGGAAUGAGGGAGGCUGGGUUCACCAACAUUACGUCUGAAAUUCACUAUCUCCCCCUUGCACCCUGGUCUACCGACCCGAAGUUGAAGGAGUUGGGUCUCUACGCAUCUGUGGCGGUGACACAUGACAUUGAGGGCUUCCUCACCUAUCUCAUGCCCACCUAUCUUGGGUGGACCCAGAAGGACAUCACGAACUACGCCGCUACUUUGCGCCGAGAAUUCAGGGAAGCCAAGAUUCAUUUUAACGUCAAGUGGCGCUUGGUGAAGGCGCAAAAGCCGCUGGAUGCUUAG